CUUUCUGGGACCUGUCCUUGGAGUUUCCUGAGAGGUAUCACUGCAACGGCAAGGAGAUGUCGUCUCAGUAUCCGUGUCUGCUGACAGAAAUGCUGGCCAAGUUUACAGAAACUGAAGCUUUGGAAGGAAAGAUAUAUGCAUGUGAUCAGUGCAACAGUGAGUAAAGGCACAAAACGAAGGAAGUUUUCUUCUAAACCAGUUAUACUCACAGAAGCUCAGAAGCAGCUUAUGGUGUGUCGACUACCUCAGGUUCUCCGAUUACACCUGAAACGGUUUAGGUGGUCAGGACGCAAUCAUCGUGAGAAGAUUGGCGUACAUGUUAAUUUUGAUCAAAUGCUGAACAUGGAGCCUUAUUGCUGCAGAGAAUCCCUCAAGUCCCUCCUACCUGACUGCUUUAUCUAUGAUUUGUCUGCCGUGGUCAUGCACCAUGGGAAAGGCUUCGGCUCCGGGCACUACACUGCCUACUGCUACAAUUCAGAGGGAGGAUUUUGGGUACACUGCAAUGAUUCGAAACUCAACAUGUGCACUAUGGAAGAAGUAUGCAAGGCUCAAGCCUACAUUUUGUUUUACAGCCAACGACUUACUCAGGCAAAUGGACACGGUAAAAUACCACAUCCUAGCACAGCUGAAAGUCAGCAGCACACAGAAUUAGCCGACUGUUCCAUGGACAACAGCUAAUCCAAAGCCAGUUAAUUGUGUGUAUGGUAAAAGUUUGGAUUGUCAGGACUAUAUAUUUUAAAAUGAAAGUACAGUAUUGUACUUUUUUUACUUUGAAUCUGUGUACAAUGUUUAUAUCCUUUUGUAUUAGUUAAAGUACUCUUUACAAUUGCUAGUAAAAGUUUUUAUUGACAGUGAGUAAGUAACUUUCUGAGUACCUAGAAUUUCAAUACAGCUAUUUUUUUAAGAAAAAGAUUGCUAUUUGCAUUUAACUCUUACCUCAGGCUGUUUUUUAAGCUGGUUUUGUAUUUUGAUAAUCUUCUUGAAUUGGUUUAGAAAAAAUGACUUUCAAUGGGCAACUGAUGUUUCUCUGGUUAAUCUUCUGUAUAUGCUUGUGUACAUUUUAUAGUCUAGUUCUAAUGAUACCAUGAUUCUUCCUGUCCGCAGGAAUUGCUACUAGGUCUUAGAAUAUUAACAUUCACCAGCAAGGAAUGUUUUACAUGUCAAAUAGUAACUGA